UUUUGCAGCUUUCUGCUCAAAGUUCCAACACGAGGAGCGGCGGUGCGGUGCGAUUCGCGACGAAAAUCAAUGAAUCAGAGUGCCAUCUGACGUGCAAUUAUAUGUCGCCACCUGCUCAUCUUCUCAGUGUUAAUCAUCUUCAUCAAAUCCACGAGAAGUUCAUCACAAUCAUCUCACUACGACCACCAACAUCAUCAGCAACAACAAAACACCUGACGAACACACCACACUAUCCAGUGCAAACGUUCAGCAGAAAAAACACAGAAAAUAACAAAAAUAACAGUGAGAACCAUCAUCAGUCGAUUUUGGAUCGGAGGAGGAGAGAAGGCGGCGGACGAGGAGACGCAGACACUCUUGCUCGACGACUCAUCCGGUAAUCGAGAAGACACGGAAGAGAGUAUGCGAGUGCGGAGCACAUGCAGAAUGCCGGUCUCCCGAGCCACCGUCACAAUCCUACUCGGAAUCCUGUUUGGUUUCUCAAUCACUUACUAUCUGACGGCUCUCAAAUCUCUGACAAAUCCAAUAAUCUGUGGCCCAGAACAACAAAUUGGCGGUUUCGAUUAUCUCGAUGUGAUAAGUCAACGUGCUGAUGCUGAUGUUUUCACAAGAUCCCAAAGUCUUCCCGGUCAUCGAAGGGGUCUGAUUCUUGUGGCUAUUAUGACUGCUGCAAAAUACGUUGAUACACGUGCUUAUAAUGUUUGGAAAACAUGGGCUCAACACAUUCCCGGACGAGUUUUAAUAUUUGUUGCCGAAGGAACUGAAUCAGUGCAUGAGGAUAUGCCAUUAAUUCGUCUGAAAGGAGUUGAUGAUACUUAUCCACCACAGAAGAAAAGUUUCGCAAUGGUAAAAUGGUUGGCAGAGAAUAUGGCUGAUGAAUAUGAUUGGUUCUUGCGAGCAGACGACGACCUCUACAUUAGAGGAGAAGAGCUCGCUUUAUUCCUAAGAUCUGUCGAUUCAUCCAAAGCUCAUAUCAUCGGACAGGCUGGACUUGGUAACAGUGCGGAAUAUGGUCUUCUAGCUCUUGGAUCUACCGAUAAUUAUUGUAUGGGAGGACCUGGAAUUGUUAUGAGCAGGGACACCUUAUUAAAAGUAUCUCCUCAUCUCGAAUCAUGCCUCCAACACAUGCUGACUUCUCACGAGGACGUCGAACUCGGGCGGUGUAUUCGAAAACAUGUCGGUGUAGCUUGCACGUGGAAUUAUGAAAUGCAAAAGUUGUUCCAUAAUAAUCAAAGUGCAAUCAAGGAGUCAUAUGCAAAAAAUAUGAAAGAAUUGAAAGAUGCAAUUACUCUUCAUCCGAUUAAAGAUCCAGCUGUAAUGAGGAAGGUUCAUCUUCGAAAUCGAGAAAUUAAACUUCGUGAAGCACGAGCUAAACGAAGUCUUUUGAGUUCGGAGCUCAGUACUGCAAAAGCACAGACAUUGGUACGAAUGACACCGAAUAGAACGAAUGAUUUGACACCAUGGGAAUAUAUUAAUAACAAUAAAAUUCUGUUUUGUGCGGAUCGGGUCAAUUGUCCUCGGCAUACUGUAGAUUUGAGUAUUCGGACGGAAAUGGCCGACACUAUCACACAGUUAUUCGACGAGUUCAACACAAAUGCUCGCCAAAGAGGUCGUGUUCUUCAAUUUCAAAGUCUUCAAUAUGGAUACAUGCGUGUUGAACCUACAAAAGGAGUCGAUUAUGUUCUUGACAUGUUACUUUGGUUCAAAAAGUUCCGUCCACCAAACAGAACAACAAUUUCCGUUCGAAGACACGCGUAUGUUCAACAAACAUUCGGAAAACUUCGAAGUCUCUCUGAAGGAGUGUUCCGAUCAAAUAUGAGAGCAAACUCUACACUUAUUGAAGAUCCAACAUUGCAUAUGAUUAUGCCAUUAAGAGGAAGAGCUGCCAUAUUUGCAAGAUUUGCUCAACAUUUGAAGAGUAUUUGUGCGAGAGGAGGAGAUGAUUUAGCUGUUUCAUUGACAAUUGUAUUAUACUCGAGUGAAGAUGAAAUGGAGAAUAGAGAAACGAUUGAAAUGCUCCGUGCAAGCUUCAUCCCAGUAACAGUAAUCGAAAUGGGUGAUGUUUCAUUCUCACGUGGUGUUGCUCUUAUGCGUGGAGCUGAAACUCUUCCAGCCAAUGCUCUUCUAUUCUUUACUGAUGUUGAUAUGCUAUUCACAUGUGAUGCAUUGAAACGUAUAAAAUCGAAUACAAUUCUCAACGCACAAAUCUACUUCCCGAUCGUUUUUUCUGAAUUCUCACAUGAGAGUUGGUCUGAAAAUGACAAGUUAUUGGCUGACGCCUUCCAUUAUGGACGUGGACGUGGAUAUUUUAGACAUUUUGGUUAUGGUCUCGCAGCGAUGUACAAGGCGGAUUUGAUGGAUGUCGGAGGGUUUGACACAAAGAUCGAAGGAUGGGGAAAGGAAGAUGUUGACUUGUUUGAGAAGGCAAUCAAAAACGGUCGUCUCCGAGUGAUUCGAGUCCCUGAACCUGGACUUGUUCACAUCUAUCACCCAAUUCAUUGCGAUGAAAAUAUGCCAACUGCUCAAAAGGAUAUGUGCCAUGGUUCAAAAGCAGCAAGUCUUGCUUCAAUUGAUACACUUGUCGAGCAGAUUGCCCAGUACACAUGAUAGCCUUGCCGGUUUUCCACCUCUAUCUUCCCGUUUUUUCUUUCUCAAUUUUCGAAUUCUUUCCGUUUUUAUGAAUACGGUUGUCCCUCAGUUUUCAUCCGGGUAAUUAUUGUUUCUUUGAUUUGUUUUAUCCACUUCUCACACUCACUUUUCCCCCAAAAUUCCUUUAUUGCAUCCAUUUGAUUAAUCACGAUUAUUAUAUAUUUUCUAUUCCCCGGUUGAGUUUUACCAUUUUCCAUCAUAAUUUCCUAACAUUGCCAUUUUCACAAGAAGCACACGGAGCUUGCCCCCAUUUGAAGUUCAAAUUUCAAAUUAAUUAAUUCAGUUCAUGUCAAAUAAUAUAAUAGUUCAGUUAAUGACCUAUUUUGAAACGAGUAAUUGUCCCAUGCUCCCCUAUAAAGCUCAGCCUUUCAUUGUUCAAAUGUUUAUUUCACUUAAAACAUUAUUGAUUGUUCUUCGCUUUAAAUUCCUUAAUUCAAUUGUUUUCUUUCAUAUUAAUAUGAGAUUUCCAUCAAAUCUUUGAUUGUUUCUAGCUUUACACAAUUGUCUCACCAUCAUCAUUUUGUCCAUUCUGUUGCCAUUUCUCUUCCCCCAACUACAACAAGCAUCGGUGUUCUGUGCUUACUCGAAAUAAAUUAAUUGAUUGCAGA